AUGAGCAUCAACUUUCACGCCAAUCAGUAUGAGCAAGCUUUUGCACCUCACAGACUGCAAAACUGGGAGGUCCCUAAACAGGAAGAGGGAAUUCGUCCAAAGGCCCAUACUGGAUUUACUCGCAUCACAGCCAAUGAACGAGGUCACCUGCUGCCCAAUGUUCCUAAAGACAGAUCCUCUCCAUGGGGCAAAUUUGUGGGAACAUGGGACAUGCCAAAGAAGAUUCCAGGCACCAGGGUUUUGAAUCCAACAGCCAGGUCAGAGGAAGCUUAUCUCAAGAACAAAGAAGACAAGGAAAAAAGUGAUGUUGUUCUCAGCGGAGCUCUGAAACAACGCCAUACCGUUGAUCCACUUCCUGUGAAGAUGGAUGCCCCCGAGGAUCAGCGUCCAGCUGGAAUUAUUUGUGAACCCAUUGGUGGAUCUGCAGGACAGCCGACGUGUGAAAUGCCUUGCCCUCAGGUGGAGACAGUUCAUUAUGAUGCCAACCAGCCUAGGGCCCUGUCUCGGAAGGAGAGCAGAGAAAGUCUAAAAUGGCCAAAGGCAAAAACUCCAGAUUGCAGAUCACCAGUGAAUUAUUCCCCCUUGCCUAAGCCUAUGACAACAUUCUAUGCCAACAGCCCAGGUAUCCAAGGAGACCAUCAGCAUUGUCGCACUGCAGUACCAGAGAACUGA